UCAACAAAGAAUGGAGACUUGUUUUCUAUAUGGAACUAUGAUGGUAAAAUUGCAUUUGAAGAUAUCAUUGAAGCAACUGAAGGCUUUGAUCUCAAGUAUUGCAUUGGGACAGGCGCAUAUGGUAGUGUAUAUAGAGCACAACUUCCAGUGGACAUAUUGUUGCAUUAAAAAAGCUCCACCAUAUGGAAUCACAAAAUCCAUCAUUUGACAAAAGUUUUCGAAAUGAGGUGAAGAUGUUAACAGAAAUUCGUCAUAAAAACAUUGUAAAGCUUCAUGGGUUUUGCCUCCACAAGCAAUGUAUGAUUUUGGUCUAUCAAUACAUGGAAAGAGGUAGUUUAUUUUAUAUUUUGAAUAAUGAGGUGGAAGCUAAAGAGUUGAAUUGGAGUAAGAGGGUGAAUAUCAUUAAAGGCAUGGCAGAGGCUUUGUCCUACAUGCAUCAUGAUUGUAGUCCACCAAUUGUUCACCGAGAUGUAACAAGUAGCAAUAUUUUGUUAAACUCGCAAUUAGAGGCUUUUGUCUCAGACUUUGGCACAUCUAGACUCCUUGAUCCCGAUUCUUCAAAUCAAACCUUAGUAGUUGGCACCUAUGGCUACAUUGCUCCAGAGUUUGCUUAUACAUUGAGUGUGACAAAAGAAUGUGAUGUUUAUAGUUUUGGAGUGGUGGCUUUGGAAGCAUUAAUGGGAAAACAUCCUAGAGAGUUAAUCUCAUCUUUAGUAAACCUAACUAUUCCAAAUAUGUUAGUGAAAGAUCUCUUGGAUUCACGCCUUCCUCUUCCUCGUCGGAAAGAUGCUCAAGAUAUAAAUCUUGUGAUAACAGUAGCAUUAGCAUGUUUAUGCUCUAAACCAAACAUGAGGCCAUCAAUGCAACUAGUGGUUCAGAAACUUUCUAGUUUUAAAGUUUCAUUAUUUUUGCCUUUCCAUGAAGUUUGGAUCCAUCAAUUGAUGAGUCAAGACAUAGGUCAUCUUUCAUCCAAGUGUCAAGAAUGAUUGUAGUGAGGUGAAACUAAGGAUGUAAUGACACUUUGUUAACAAGUAAGAAAUUUUUCUUGAUUGAAUACAACUGUUAGGAUAUUUAUCCUAUUUUAUCAUCAUUAUAGUGUGUCAAGGGUUACCCUAUUUAUCAUGAUUAUAUUGUGUCUAGGAUUACUGAUAACAAUUGAAAAACUGUUAUUUUCAUGCUUAAAAUUGAUACUAAAAGAAACCUUUAACACUUAGAAACUAGCUUAGAAUCAUGUUUUUGUUCAUAUUUUCAGAAAUAAGAGAGUUGGACAGGUUGAUGCUUGAUUUCAGUGUUUUAUGCAGGUUUUAAGAUGAAUUUGAUGAAAGAAGUGAAGAAGGAUAGAGAUGGAAACAGAAAAGAACUCAAAAAGUGAAAAAGAAGAGAAGCCGCAGGUACCGCUCAGCGCCAGUUUACCGCUGAGCGGCACUCAAGAACACCUGUUGGCUCCGUUGAGGGGUGAAAGUGCAGCUGAGGGGAGAUUUGACUUUUGCUCUAGUACCGCUGAGCGGCAGUUUACCGCUAAGCGUUGGUAUUUUGGGCUUAGGCCCACUUUUCUGUAAUAUUACAAAUAGUAUAUAAGCUUUAGGACUUCCUAGGGUUUGAAUCUUUGGCUGGAGACGAAACAAACACACACCUUUCCACCCCUUGGAGGAAGAUCUUGGAUGCUAAGGCUACCUUCUCAUCUUUCUAGGGUUCUAUCUUUCAUUACUUCAUUAUUGUUCAUCUAGUUUCACCAUGAAUAUGGUGAACUAAACUUUUCGUAUUGUUGGGGAAUCAAUGUAAUCUUGUGAAACUCUCAUAUAUGGAAUUUGUGUUUAAACAUCUUAUUUAA